AUGGGAAAAAGAAAGGCGAGUAAAAGAAUUCGCCCUACGAGAAGGGCCGCUCCUUUAGAAACGACAAGUGUUAGUUGCACUUUAGAUAAGCAAUCCGGUGUCGGUAACUUGCAUUGUAAGAUUUGUGGCCAAAGCCAUCAAUGUAUCAUUACAGCUCUUUCCGCACCCAUUGAUGUGUACAGCGAUUGGAUUGAUGCUUGUGACACUGUAGCCCACCAAGCUCAAGAUGAUAAGGGUGGAGAUGGAAAUGGCGCUUCUGCCGAUGUACGUGCAGACAAUGAAGGUAACUAUUCCGGCGAUGAAGGUUAUUAA